GGAGACUAGGUAGGUAGAUGAACCUCUAGGGAGAAAAUUUUUUAUUUAUUAUAAAAGUCCUCGAGGAGACCGAAUUCAGUUUAUAGUGUUUAAUUAAGUAUGCAUUUACGCUUACAAAUUCAGAAGUUUAAUUACGUUAAAAUUGGCUAUUUAUUACUUUUCGUGUAUUUAUGUUGGCCUUCUCGUUUUGCUAUGAUAUAUUAUGAAAAUAUUCCAGGAAAUGAAAUUUACGAUAAUUUAAUUAGAAAGAUUUCAAGGAAUUUGUCACAAUUUAAUCAAGGAAUCCAAUGUGAUUACACCGAGUUAUUAGAGGAAAAUCACUAUUUCUACAAAAAAUUUACAACAGAUGAUAUUAUAAAUAAAAUUGAAAUCAAAUCAGGAGGAGAAUUUUGGCCCGAAGAAUGCACACCAAGUUUCUCUACAGCAAUCAUUGUUCCUUACAGAAAGCGAGAGGAACAAUUAAAACAAUUUAUUAAUUACAUCCAUAAUUUCUUGCGGAAACAACAAAUCCAUUACAAAAUUUUUGUAAUAGAGCAAGGAGACGACAAACCUUUUAAUAGAGCAAAACUCUUUAAUAUAGGAUCUCGAUAUGCCUUAAAAGAAAAUUUUCCUUGCUUGGUGAUGCAAGAUAUUGAUCUCAUGCCAUUGAAUCUAGGAAAUAUUUAUGCAUGCACAAAACGUCCUCGACAUAUGAGCUCAAGUUUGGAUACCUUCCGAUUUAACUUACCAUAUUAUGGAUUGGUUGGAGGAGCCAUCGCAAUAGCAACAGAAGACUUUGUGAACAUCAAUGGAUUUUCAAAUGUUUUUCAGGGAUGGGGUGGUGAAGAUGAUGACCUCUACAAACGUUUACUCAACAAAAAUUAUAGGAUUAUUCGAUUUCAUCCCAGUUACGCUCAAUAUACAAUGCUGAAACACACGAGAGAGAGACGGAAUCCUAAACGUAAUGAAUAUCUUAAAAAUAGUUAUCUACGGUUUGAUAUUGACGGGCUCAACUCAUUGGUUUUUAGUGAAAUAGAAAUUCAUAAGAAUACAUUUUUUACCCACAUAUUAGUUCAAACCUAAGACAAUUAUAAUGUUGAACAACUGAGGUGUAAAGAGAUCUCAUAAUACAGCAAAAAGAUUAUUUUUUCUGAUAUCAAGAAGUAUUUGGUCUAUGUUUGCGUAAAAAGUUGUGUUAUUAAAUAAAUCACAAUUUUAAUAGAAAGUAUUGAUUGAUUUAAAACAAAAAUUAAUCUCUUCAUUCUAGAAUGGAGAUUUCUUUAUUAUAUUUAAGUUUAGUUUAGUAAAUAAUCA